AUGACUAGAGUACUGGCUGUACUCCUCUUUCAAGAAGGAGAUCUUGCUGUGGGCUCUGUGAUCUACCCGACACCUGCCCGGAGCAGUUCUGCACUGUUAGUGAAUUCAUGCUCCCAAAGUAACUUGAGGUCUUCUCACAAUGGCACUAUCACCACUCACAGCUUCCUUUUUGGAGCACUUGCUGAAUUGCUUGACAAUGCAAGAGAUGCAGGGGCUGCAAGACUUGAUGUGUUUUCAGUGAAUAAUGAAAAACUGCAGGGUGGAUUCAUGUUGUGUUUCCUGGAUGAUGGGUGUGGCAUGAGCCCUGAUGAAGCAUCAGACAUAAUUUAUUUUGGAACAUCUAAGAAAUGCUUAUCCACCUUGAAGUUCAUUGGUCAAUAUGGCAAUGGUCUUAAAAGUGGGUCCAUGAGAAUUGGAAAAGACUUUAUCCUUUUCACAAAGAAGGAAGAAACGAUGACCUGUGUGUUUUUUUCUCAGACUUUCUGUGAAAGAGAAGGUCUAAGUGAGGUUUUGGUUCCAAUCCCUUCAUGGUUAACACGAACCAGAGAAUCUGUCCUGGAUGAUCCCCAGAAGUUCUCAAUGGAAUUAUCUAUAAUUUAUAAAUACUCCCCAUUUAAAACUGAAGCAGAAUUGAUGCAACAGUUUGAUGUGAUCUAUGGAAAAUGUGGCACGUUGCUGGUUAUUUACAACUUGAAGCUUCUGCUUAGUGGAGAACCAGAGCUGGAUGUUAAAACUGACAAAGAAGAUAUUCUGAUGGCUGGAGCUCUUGAGGAUUUUCCAGAGAGAUGGUCAUUCAGGGCCUACACAUCUGUUCUAUAUUUUGACCCUCAGAUGAGAAUAUUCAUUCAAGCCAAAAGAGUUAAAACAAAGCACCUAUGUUAUUCCCUCUACAGACCCAGAAAGUAUCUAUAUGUUACGACAUCUUUUAAAGGAACAUUUAAAAAUGAAGUUAAAAAGGCAGAAGAAGCAGUGAAGAUUGCUGAAUUUAAAUUGAAAGAAAUACAAUUCCAAAUAAACAACCGAAACAGAACUUCGUCAUCUCCUGCCAAGGAGGCAUUACAGAAAGCUUUGGAAGAUGUAGAAGCAAAGCAUAAGAAUCUUAAAGAGAAACAGAGAAUUAAAAAAAGCAAAAAACACUUUCCCUGUUUUUCGGAGGCGAACAUUGAAAACCGAAGCCAAGCUGGAAUGUUCAUUUACAGUAAUAGCCGCUUGAUCAAAAUGCAUGAGAAAGUGGGCCCACAGCUGAAACUGAAGUCCUUACUUGGCGCAGGUGUGGUUGGAAUUGUUAACAUACCCUUGGAGAUCAUGGAACCAUCCCAUAAUAAACAGGAAUUUCUCAAUGUCCAAGAAUAUAACCAUUUACUCAAAGUCAUGGGACAGUACUUGGUCCAGUACUGUAAGGACACUGGGAUCAGUAAUAGAAAUCUAACUCCAUUUUGGAAUGAAUUUGGGUAUCAGAAUAACAAGGGUGUGGAGAAAUCUUUAGAUUCUGUUCAGUGUCAAAGAAGACAAGCCAUGGCCAUCCCCUUCAUCAUUCAAUGUGAUCUUUGUCUUAAAUGGAGAGUCUUGCCUUCCUCUACUAAUUAUCAGGAAAAAGAAUGUCUUGACAUCUGGAUUUGUGCGAAUAAUCCUAAUCCCUUGGAAAACAGUUGUCAAAAAACAGAACAUCUACCUUCCAUCCCCCUGGGCACCAUGAGCACAAUGUCACCAUCCAAAAAUGAGAAAGAGAAGCAACUUAGAGAAUCCGUCCAGAGAUAUCAAAAUAAAUUGGAAGAACAGCAGCCACAGAAGCUUCAAUUUAUACCAACAAGUAGGAUCACCGAGUUUACUACCACCGGCCAAACUUCAGCACCUAUGGAAAAUACUAAAACUCAUAAAAUCAGGUCUCCAGAUGAUUACUUGAAGCAUGAAUCUCUUCCAUCCUUUGAGCUCUCAGUCAGCCCUAAAGGCCAAAAAAGAAACACAGAAGGAUCAGACUCUGAUAUAGAGUACAUUUCAGAGACUAAAAUUAGGAAGAAGACGAUGCAGAAGAAAGUGAAACCUCAGCUACAGAGAUGUCCAAGAGCCCCUGCAGAAAGUGCCAAAGUAGCUGAGCGAUUUCAGGCAUCUUCCUGGGAAAUGAAAAGGAAGCAGAGUCAAAACCUUGUGCAGGAAUGUACGGCAUUGAGUGAAGUUGGAACCAACAAUAAUGAUCCAGAUAUAAUCCUGAUUUCAGAUAAAAGCGACACUGAUGUUUCAUUGAAGCAAGAAAAAAAGGAAGUUCUUCUUAUGAACAAAGAAAAACAGGAGCUGUGCGAUGUUGCUCCAGAAAUAAAGAAAAACUCUUCAUUAUCUAACUGGGAAAGUGUGCUGAUGGAAGGGUUAAGGCCAACUUCUGGACACACAGCCAGUUUUUCUGUGAAUGAGGAUUGUAAAGUUGCUUCUUCUCUGAAAAAGUCUUCUCAAAGUACAUCUGUCAGGGGCACAGUGACAAAACUGAUGUCUAGCUUAAGGGAGAUUCUUCUGUAUUUUUUUCCUGAGUAUCAGCUACCAUCAGAAUUUGACUACACAUCUCUGGAAGAACUUGUGGCAAGUUCUGAGUUGGAGCAGUGCCCAGAACAGAUAAACAAAAAGCUGAAAAUGUGUUUCAACCAGAUCCAGAGUGUUUAUAUGGUCCAAUAUGAAAAGAGACUAAAAAGAAAAAUGCAGUCCGUCACCUGUGAUGCAAAUAGAAGAGAAGUGGUUAGCAAAAUUUAUCUGGAACAAUGUGAAAAAAAGAGAAAAAUUAUUGAAGAUAAGCUGAAGAAUCUCCGUGUAAAACUGGGACUAUUGCUACAGAAACUUCAGCUGGGUGGUCCAGCAAGCGAACUGGAGCAGAUUGACAGUUACUUAGAAGCUUUGCUUAAAGAAGAUAAUCUCCUUUUUCAGAAUACUUUAAAUAAAGUGACCACAGAUAUGGGACAGAAUCUCCCUGUAGAAAAAAAUAAAAUUGUGUCUUGAAAUUAAAAAUCAGAAAUGGAAAGAAAAAUCAGAAAAGGUAUUUCCUUUUAAAGAAUUCUAAUAAGAAAAUUGGAAGAUUCUUUUCAAAAAAUAUUUCCCUUUUUGUUGUUACUGCAAAGUUUGUCCCGUUUAACACUAAGAAAAUUGUAUUCUUUAGAAAUGGAAAGUGAUUUACAAUGUGCAUAUUUCCCAAUCCUAUUCCCUAACUCUUCCUGUUCUUUCAGAAAUUGUUUUUAGAGUUCUCUAGUUCUAGUAAGAAGAAUGAAAAUAUUAUUUAGAUUUAAAUUUUGUUUUUAUUUAAAGGAUUGUAAAAACUUGAAAAUAGUGGUUUCCAAAAUCAGUAUACAAAAGGCUACAGAAUGGCCUCCUCUUAAAACUUAUGUUGAUAAAGUAAUACUUUGAAAGAAAUCAUGCCCUUAUCUACCAUAGACAAUACUGAGUAAAGCAGAAAAAUCCUAGAAAAACUUCUGAGAUACAGGUUAUGCAAUAAUUGUUAUUGAGUUAUGGUAAAAGAACAAAUCUCCCAAGCAAAAUAUAUAUACAUAUAUCUAUAUAAGGAGAUGUGUCCUACUUGCUUUUUAUUAUUCCAAUAACGUUAUUUAAUAUUUCUAGUUUUAGGGUAAGAUAAUUUUCAUAUUGUCCUUUAUA